AUGGCUUCCGUCCCGAGUGUGCAAUGCUUCGGCAAGAAGAAGACGGCCACCGCUGUCGCCCACUGCAAGCAAGGCAAGGGCCUCGUCAAGGUUAACGGCCAGCCCCUCUCCCUGGUCCAGCCCGAGAUCCUCCGUUUCAAGGUCUACGAGCCCCUCCUCAUCGUCGGCGUUGACAAGUUCGCCGGUGUCGACAUCCGUGUCCGCGUUACCGGUGGUGGUCACACCUCGCAGGUCUACGCCAUCCGUCAGGCCAUCGCCAAGUCCAUUGUCGCCUACUACCAGAAGUACGUUGAUGAGCACUCCAAGAACCAGCUGAAGCAGGCUCUUGCUCAGUACGACCGCACACUCCUGGUUGCCGACAACCGUCGUGCCGAGCCCAAGAAGUUCGGUGGUCGCGGUGCCCGCUCCCGUUACCAGAAGUCCUACCGUUAA